AUGUUGGAAGACCAACGGAUCCGUCUUGAACGCACGCAAGAAGAAGAGCGCAAGAAAAUGGAACUGGUGCGGAGUCGAAUUAGGCUACAGGAAGCCGUGGGUUUAACGACUGCGCAGUCGCGUGAUUCAUAUGAAAGAGAACGCCUCGGAUUCAUUGAUGUCAAUGAAGAUAUAGCCAUGGCAAAAGCUAGUUUGGCGGCCUACACCAUGGAUGAAGAUGAGCGGAUGAAACAAAGAGUUCAGGGUGAAAAACUUGGUCAAGAAUUGAGAGAGUUGAAGGAGUUUAGACGAAAAUUGAAGGAACAACAGAUACAAAACUGUCGGAGAUAUCGUGAAGAUGACAGGGCAAGAAAACUUCGUGAAGAUGAAGAAGAAAUGCGCCUCAAAAAAGAAUACGAAUCUCGGGUGGAGUCUGAGCGCCAGGCAAUGCUGGAAGAAUUUGACAACUAUCUAAAUGCUUUGGGUGACUGCAAGUAA